CAGCGCAGACUUACCCACAGGUUGGGAAGAAGCAUAUACUUUUGAAGGUGCAAGAUACUACAUAAAUCAUAAUGAACGGAAAGUGACCUGCAAGCAUCCAGUAACAGGACAGCCAUCACAGGAUAACUGUAUUUUUGUUGUGAAUGAACAGACUGCUGCAACUAUGACAUCCGAAGAAAAGAAAGAACGAACAGUAAGCACAAUAAGUGACGCUUCCAACUACAAUUUGACAUCGGAUUACACUGUGCAUCCAGUGAGCCCUGUGGGCAGAACAUCACGGUCUUCAAAGAAGGUUCAUAAUUUUGGAAAGAGAUCAAACUCAAUAAAGAGGAAUCCUAAUGCACCGGUCAUCAAACGGGGGUGGCUUUACAAGCAGGAUAGUACUGGUAUGAAGCUCUGGAAGAAACGAUGGUUUGUGCUUUCUGAUCUGUGUCUCUUCUAUUACAGAGAUGAAAAAGAAGAGGGAAUAUUGGGAAGCAUACUUCUACCUAGUUUUCAGAUAUCAAUGCUUUCUUCUGAGGAUCAUAUUAAUCGCAAAUAUGCUUUUAAGGCAGCGCAUCCAAACAUGAGGACCUAUUAUUUCUGCACAGAUACAGGGAAGGAAAUGGAGCUAUGGAUGAAAGCCAUGAUAGAUGCAGCACUUGUACAGACAGAACCUGUGAAAAGAGUAGAGAAGAUAACUGAAAACACACCACCUCGAGAAGUGAAUAACAUUUCGAAUCACAGGGUGUUAAUUAAACCAGAGGCACAGAAUAAUCAAAAAAACAAAGAAGUAAGCAAAAAUGAAGAGAAGGCGGCUUUGGAAGCUGAAAAAUAUGGAUUUCAGAAAGUUGGACAAGAUAAACCCUUAACUAAAAUUAAUAGCGUAAAGCUAAAUUCAGAAUACAGAACCUUACCAGUGAGCGCACUUCAGGCUGGACUCUACAGGCCAGUUCAUUUAAAUGACUCUGAGAAUAAAGCUGUCAAUAUUGUGGCGGACACUGGAGAUGGAGGACAGCACAAUGCAGUUCACUCACAUAUGGAGUCUGAACGAGUCAUACAGAGAACUAAUUCAAUGCUUCAGUUGGAGCAGUGGAUUAGAAUUCAGAGAGGAAAGGGGCAAGAUGAGGAAACAAGAGGCAUAAUUUCAUAUCAGACGCUACCAAGAAAUAUGCCAAGCCACCAACCCCAAGUUGCACCCCGUUACCCAGAAGGCUAUAGAACCCUACCAAGGAACAGCAAAACAAGACCAGAGAGUGUUUGUAGUGUGACACCAUCAGUUUAUGACAGGACCAUAGGACCAGUAACAGCUGAAGAAAAACGGAGAUCUAUGCGGGAUGACACAAUGUGGCAACUCUAUGAAUGGCAACAACGUCAAUUUUACAAUAAGCAAACAACUCUUACUAGACAUAGUACUAUAAGUAGUCCAAAAACCAUGGUCAAUAUUUCUGAUCAGGUGAUGCAUUCCAUUCCCACAUCACCUUCCCAUGGUUCCAUAGCUGGUUACCAAGGAUAUUCCCCUCAACGGACAUACAGAUCAGAAGUGUCCUCACCAGUGCAAAGAGCAGAUGUAACAAUUGACCGCAGACAUAGAACGCAUCAUGCCAAGCAUGUCUUCAUGCCUGAAAGAAGGUCGAUGCCAGCAGGUCUGACUUUACAGCCUGUUACUCCCCAGAGCCUCCAAGGCAAAACGGGCUUUGCCUUUUAUGGGCAGCCAAUGGGUACUGUAGGCAGCAGCCAAAGAGAAAAACUGUACAUGACUCUGGCAAAAUUCCUGAUUUGCCUGUAUUAUCACAAGAAGCCCCCAGAAUCUAUCUGAUUUACAGCACUCACAGAAUGUGUCAAAGAUUGGCAACACUAUCACUAGCUGAUAUUGAGAGUUGGUGCAAUCUAUUACGCAUUGUUCUUCUCUGUGAUAGGACAAGUAUGCACACAAACCAAGGAUUUUAAUUAAUAUACCAUAAAAAUUUACUGUUAAUUUGGAAAUUAUGUUCAUGCAAGACUUCUCAAAGAAAAUGUUUUCAUCCCUGAAAAUAUCAAUUUCUUAUGUAUUUACCAUACGGAGAUGUUGUUAUCUUUAAUUUAUUUCUAUGAAUGUGGUCAUGCAAAGAAAUUAGUUCUGUUUAAAAUUUAUUUUUUUUUAUGUGAAAGCCUGUCCAUUUUCAUUGGGAACACAUUUUAAAAUAUAUUGUAGUGACCUAAAUCCUUACUGGAUAUUUUCUGGAAAUAAUACUUCAGUUGGUACUGAAAUGAACAGUUAAAAAGUUCAAGAUUAACCAUUGUGGAACUUGAUUCUUAUAUUGUGUUUUUCAGUGAAAGCUAGGUGGGAUUGACAACUGAAGUUAUAGUAAAAUUAUUUGCUCCCUCUAGUGGACUUCUGCAGUAUAUGCACACAGUUGUACUGACGUGUUUUGUUUGUGGUUAGAUCAAGAAACAAAUGACCUUGUUCACAGACUCUUGUUCUGUGUUUCAGGUAGGGUGACCAGAUGUCCUGAUUUUAUAGGGUCAAUCCUGAUAUUUGGGGCU